AGCAGGCUGGUGUCCUCGACGGUAGGUUUUAUAUAUCAAUGUGAGAAUAUCAGCAUCAACACCAUCACGACCACCACCAACAACCACACCAUCGACAAGCUCUCAUUACCAUCACCAUGACCACUCCAACCUUUCCAACUCCAACGCCCUUCUUCACCCACCUCAACAGCCCUCUACAAUCCCGCUCCGACAUCAUCCAAGCAUGCCAGUCCCUCCUCGAACCACUCCACCCAUUCUUCUCCCCUGGACGCACACGCCUCCGCCUCGGCGCCACAGCAACCCGAUACGACGAAACGGGCGCUCAACUCGAAGGUUUCACCCGUCCUCUAUGGGGCCUCGCCUCCCUCCUCGCGUCCUCCUCCUCUGACUCCAACUCCCCAAUCCCCUCCACCUCCAUCUCCAAGCAUACAAGUCUCUGGCUCACCGGUCUCCGCAACGGCACGAACCCAUCCCACCCUGAAUUCUGGGGCUAUGCCGCAGACCUCGACCAAAGAACGGUCGAAAUGUGUCCUUUAGGCUUCGCACUAUGCGUUGCGCCCACCCAUCUCUGGGACCCUCUAACCCCUGAAGAACGCCUCAACGUCCAAACUUGGCUUGGCAGCAUCAAUGAUAGAGAAAUGCCGAAUACGAAUUGGUUAUGGUUUCGUGUCUUUGCCAACUUGGGACUCAAGAAGAAUGGAGCGGUGUAUUCGGAGGAGAAACUAGUGAGUGAUCUUGAUCAUCUGGAUACGUUUUAUCGUGGGGAUGGGUGGUCGAAUGAUGGACCGGCUUCGCAUCGUCAAAUGGAUUAUUAUAGUGGGUCGUUUGCGAUUCAGUUGUUACAGUUGCUAUAUGUGAAGAUUAAUGGCGGGGAUGAUCCGAAGAGAGCGGAUGAAUAUAGAGAAAGAGCAAGAUUGUUUGCAAUGGAUUUUGUCCAUUAUUGGGAUGAAUAUGGUCAACCCAUCACAUUCGGCCGUUCCUUGACGUAUCGCUUCGCCAUGGCUGGAUUCUGGUCGGCUGUCGCAUUCGCCGACCUCGAGCUUCCCGCCCCUUUAUCCUGGGGUGUAGUUAAAGGCCUCCUAUUGCGAAACCUACGGUAUUGGUCCCGACAGAAAGAUAUCCUCACACAUUCUGGUCUAUUGACUAUUGGAUAUGGAUAUCCCAAUCAAUUUCUGUCGGAGAAUUACAAUUCUCCAGGUUCGACUUAUUGGUUCAUGUUGGGCUUCGUCGCUCUCGCAGUACCGGAAUCACAUCCGUUUUGGACAGCUGAAGAAUUGGAUUACCCUGCCUCUGGCUUACAACCCGGGCUCGCCAUCCUCCCCCAUCCAAUGCACAUCAUCAGCCAUUUCGGCGGACAUACCUUCCUCCUCAAUUCGGGUCAAGCAUGCCACUAUCCCGUUCGUGCAUCAGAGUCCAAAUACGGGAAAUUCGCCUAUAGUUCUGCAUUUCCCUACUCGGUACCCACGGGAGGGUAUUCACUCGAGAGUAUUGGCGGUGACAAUACCCUGGCUUUAUCGGAUGAUUCAGGUGAAACAUGGCGAGUGAGACGACAGCCGAUCAAUGCGAGAAUUGAAUAUAAAGAUGGGAUUGUUCCUGUUUUGGUCGCGUCGUGGAUGCCAUGGCCGGGCGUUACGGUCGAUACGUGGUUGGUGCCGCCGAGUGAGGAGACGAUGAAUUGGCAUGUGCGAUUUCAUCGGAUCACCACGAAAAGACGGUUGUGGACGAGUGAAGGUGCGUUUGCGUUAAAUGGUGUGGCGAGAAGGGAUGGGAGGGAGUUGGGUGUGCUUACUUCACUUGAUUCCGACGAUGUCUAUGGAGAGGGUGAGAGCCAGUGUGAAGGUCGUCUUGAAUCUACUGGUUCGGCACUGGCGAUUUCUCGUGGUGGUGUCGCUGGGAUUGUGGAUUUAGAUCUCGCCAGCUAUCUUGGCCGGACAUCUGAGGACUUGGAUUCAACAACACCUCAUGCAACCGCAUGCGCACCUAGGACAGGAAAAGUCUUGGAUGAAGACGCUAACAGUAACUUGACGGAAUCUCGCUCCGUGUUGCCUUCACUGGCGAAUUCUAGCGAAAACUACAUCUCCGAGGGCUCGAGUGUUUGGCUUGGAACGGCGGUUUUUGCGCUGCCGAAUACAGUAAAACACCACAAGGGGCAAUGGAGGGAGUCGUGGGAGAAGAGGCCAGAGGUGCCGGCAUGGGUAGGGAUGGAGAUUACGAAGUGAAUUGUGAAGAGUGGGAUUGAUUAUUCUUGACAUUGCGUGUAUCACGCGGGUUUGUAGGUAGUUCUGGAGAAUCGUGUAUUGUUUUGUC